CGAGUCUCUGUACGUGUAUUAAUCCACAAACGAGUACACAUGCACGACCACUGUGUAUAGUCAAUUUUAAUGAUUAUUUAAAGGACAAUAAAUAAUGGCAAAAAUAGACAAACGUGAAAUCAAAUUAAAGAAACCAAACAAGCGAAAGUUGAAGGAAAUCUUGGAAGCUGACUCUCCAACGUCAAAGUUCAAAAAACUGGACAUUUCAAUGCUGAAGACAAAGACCAAGAAAAAAACGAUUCAGAAAGCCGAAUCCUCGAACAGUCAAAUGAAUUCGCCUAAGAAACGAAAAUCGUUCGACAACGAUGAAGUAUCCUCAGACAGUGCCAUCAGUAACAAAAAGGCUAAAUUGUCAGUAGCACCAGCCGAUUCCGAUGAAGAGACACAUGAACCAACACUGCAGGAAAUCAAUGAAAGCCUUAAACCGGAAAAUAUCAAAAAUAUCGAUACAGGUCGACAGAAGAAACGAGCGAAGCAUCAGCAGACCGUUGAAGUAAACAAACAAAGCUCGAAGGAGCGCGAAAUUUUGCGGAACAUUGAAUAUCUGAACAAGUGGAAAUCGGACCGAGAUUCAUGGAAAUUCGAAAAGCUCAGACAAAUCUCAAUACAAAACAGUCUGUACGACGAGGCGAACAUCGAUGACGAUUUGUGGUGGCUGGUCACGGAAUAUUUGAGCGGUGCGAAGGGUGCUGCACGUGAUUGUAUUAUUAAGAAAUCGCAAGAUAUUAUCAAUGACAUCGACAGCCGAUUGACUGAAACCAACAAGAAGGAAAUGCUUAGUCUUAGGAAUUACAAAAGAGCACGGGAAAUGCUUCAAUUGUUGCAGUAAGUUGAAUACAUUUACACUGCAGUGUUCAUUGUAUAUUUCUUUGUUAAACCACACGAAAAAGAACUUUUAAUAAAACGUAUUUUGAUAAAAA